AAUGCCGAGCAAGAAGAACCAGCAGGAUUUGCAUUGGGUUGGAUGGUAUUGAGGACAGGCUAGGAGGAGAGAGCACCACUAGAGACGAUAGCUUGGCAUCGAACAUUUCUGUGUCUCCUGCAAAAUUGGGCAAAAUCCAGGAUUUUCUUCAGGAAAUUCCCCUUCCAAAGAUAAGUCUACCUCAUACAGAUGCUGCCACUCUGUCAACAACAAACUCUUCCCAGCAAAGGAAACCUACUUCAGACUUCUAGAUCACUGCAUUUAGACAACAUGACCAAGAAACGUCAAAUUCACAUUUUCUUUGGAGCUCCACUUAUACCACCGGAUGAAAAAGUAUCUCAGGAACCGAAUCCUUCGCAGGCUACAGCCAGCCCAUGGAAAACCAUUCCUUUUCUGUCUGAUGGAUACUCCUUAAAGCUUGCUACUGAAAAUGAGCAGAGCAGCCCUCCGGAGGACCUCCCAGGCCUGGGCCCUGCAGAACUCUCUAAAGAUUCCUCCUCGGUAAACUCUGGGGAGGGCCAGUGGAGGCAUUCUGAAAAAUACGCAACGUGCGUGCCAGAAACACAAAAUAUAGAAUCCCAGAAUAGCACCAACCCGGUGACAGCUGACACAACCGACUGCAUCGAUAAAAUGUCCAGAAUUGGGACUCUGGUCCGGCCUUCAGUUGAAAGAGAUGGCCGACAUCUUUUCAUUGCAAGUAAGAAAACCGCAGGCCAACAGCAAGGAGGGAAACCAAAUGCCUAUCCACCAAAGUCUCCUGUAGAAGAUGCACAGCAAGAAAAUCCAAAUCACACUGAUAUCGCCAGUUUGGUCUCCACUACAAAGCAGUUUAAUAUCCACCCAAAGACUGCAGAAGCCAAUGUCAUGCCGUCAGACCAUCGUGAAACUCUAAGUCAUUGUCUGAGACUCUUUUUCCCAGAAACAAUAGAUGAGCCCAAAUCGAAAACACCGAAAAACGACUCGAACCUUGAGGUUUCAACAGACAUUGAAUUUCUCAGUAUCAACACCUCAAGUCAGAUUGCCUUUCUGGCCCAAAGGCAGUUGGAAGACCAAUGUGAGAAUAAGGAGACCACAAACACGAAGGGCACUGAUUCAGGAGUAAGUUGGAAGGAAAUGAAAGGAGUAGAAAAUCAUCUAGUUCAUCCCAGUGAUGAUUUUGCCGAAGGAAAUGUGGUUGAACAAAGCCAAGCAAACUCCCUGGAGCUUUUUAGUCCUGUGAAAGCUGACGACCUCACUCUGCCAAGCAAAGAAAGAUCGGAAGACUGUGGAGGAUCUUCAAAACUUUUCAGUACUCCUGAGAAACAAUCUUCAAAUGAAAUUUAUAUUGAAUCUUGUAGCUCGGGAAUACUGUGCUCCCAAUUAAAUACCUUCCAUAGAGAUUCUGUCAAAAGACCCCGAUCUUCUGAAGGUAUUUUAGGUCACUGUAACCCAACAUCCAAAGAAUCAAAGCGAGCUAGGUUAAUUUGUUCACCAACAGGUCUUACUUCAAAAGUAGGGCGGAAGGAAGUGUGUGAGUUGGGCAUGCUUCAGAAGAAGUCAUCGUUGCUUAAAAAUUGUGUCCACAAAAGCCAGAAGUAUAAUUGCUUGGUCACAGUGUUUCAUCCUUGUCACGUAAAAGAAAUACAAGUAAAGGCAGGACCAAACUCUGGCUCCAAGGUUCCCGUGGCUACCAUUGUCGUUCUCGAUCAAUCGGAAAUUAAGAUGAAGGUCGUGCUUUGGAGAGCGGCUGCAUUCUGGGCGCUAACAGUAUUUCCUGGGGAUAUAAUCUUAUUGACAGAUGUCACUGUAUAUGAGGACCAGUGGCUUGGGGAGACAGUGUUACAGUCAACCUUUUCCAGCCAGUUAUUGAAUUUGGGGAGUUGUUCAUCCAUCCAACCUAGUGAAUGUUCCAAUGUAGUGGAUGUAACUGUUCUCCGAGAUCUAUUGAAAUACAUGUCUUCGAAGCAUUCCUACCUUAUCAGCCUUCCGAAAAGACAACCUCAAAAAUUAGGCAGUAUACAGUACUUAGAAUUGGACCAGCUCCAGCCAGACACGUUAAUACAUUCGGUACUAAAAAUCCUCAGCAUCACUGUAUUGACGGAAGCCAUCUACAGUUACAGGGGACAGAAGCAAAGAAAAAUUGUUUUGACAGUGGCACAGGUCGAAGGUCAACACCGCAUGCUAAUUUUAUGGGGCUCAGGGACAGCCUGGUACCCCCAACUUCAAAAGAAACGGGAUCACAUUUGGGAAUUUAAGUAUCUCCUUGCUCAGUGCAAUUCUAUCUCAGGAGAAUUAGAAUUACAUACGACCCCGUGGUCCUCAUGUGAGUGCCUGUUUGAUGAUGAUAAAAGGGCAGUUGAAUUUAAGGCAAAAUUCCAAAAAAAUGAAAAGAACAUUGUGAAAAUCUCAGACAUUUCAACCCACCUGGAGGAGAAACGUUCAGGAGUGGUUCGAGUAAAGGCCCAAAUCUUAGAGUUGGCGUUCCCUGUUGCUUCUGCUCAGAACAGGCAGAUUGUCUUCAGUGCUCACAGUUCUUUGGAGAGUAUUCUGGCUUCUUUUCCCCAGAUAACAUAUUCAGGCUGUGGAAAAUGUGGGCUGGAACUGAAAACAGAUGAAAACAAGAUCUACAAGCAAUGUUUCCGCUGCUUGCCGUUUACCAUGGUGAAAACCUUCUAUAGACCGGCCCUGAUGACUGUUGUUGACGGACAGUGUAAGAUCUCCAUUCAUGUUGGAUCGGCAUUGAUGGAAAAGAUUCUUCUCAACAUUCCCCCCGAUUGGCUCAAAAGAGUCAUAGUGCCAUCCUCAGAUAUCACCUACGCGAUGGUUGCAGCAGACCUGUGUCACUCAUUACUAGCAGCUGGAGAAACGGCUCAUGUCCUGGAAAUUCGGAGCAUAUUUUUCCUAGAUGAAAACAGCUACCCUUUGCAACAGGAUUUUCACCUGCAGGAUUUCCAUCCUGACCUCUGACCUUAUACUAAGGCUGUGAGCCCUGUCUAGGACAGGGAUUGUGUCCAACUCGAUUUACUUCUGUCUACCCUAGCGCUUUGAACAGUGCCUGAUGCAAAGUAGCCACUAAGCAAAUACCAUAAUCAAAUACCUUUAAAGCAAAGAUCUCAGUCACGUUAUCCGAGAACCACAGAAUCGAACGACAGGCUGUUGGAGGAGGAACUUAAAUGAAAUGAUUCGCCUUCUGGAGACUUUCGAAACCGUGACACGGAUGUCACUUUUGACAUGUAACAGGAAAAAAGAGUAAUAGAAUUGAAUGGAAUCACAAGCCUCAAAAAUGACGCACUCUACAUAGAAAUUUAUGGCCACUUUUUAAAAUCAGUCGUACUCUCCUUCAUUCAUUCCCUUUUUCUCCAUUGGGAAACUCACAGCAAGUACUUAAUAAAUGUUAAUGGAUGCUAA